UUGCGUAUCUAUCGGUCGCUCGUCGGUCGGUCGGUCGGUCGGUCGGUCGGUAGAUCAGAUCAGUCAGUAGCCCAGCACAAAUGAGGCCACCACCUGUUCCGGCAGCCCUCGCAUAUAGCGAAUGAACCAAUGCUCCUCCUCCUGCUCAUCGGUCGCCGCCCCCGAUCCGCCUUGCUCCUUGUCCACCACACACCACCCUCCGCCUCCCACACAAGCGGCCACCAUGGCCGCACUGCCUCCCUGCUGCUUCUCGGGUGCAUUGGGUGCAUUGGUACGAUCCAUCUCCUCCUCGCCAUUGGUGUCCUCCCCGUGUCCGCCCUGCAUCCCAUCGGCAUCGACAUCUUUCCCCACCACCACGGCCGCCUUGCCCGAUGAGCUCGCCGACGUCGUCAACAGACCCCUGAGCACACCCGUCUCCUUCGUGGCCGGCGCCUCGUGCAUGUGAUUGUGGUCAACGACGCAUGGCGGCGGGGGUGCGGGUAUCAUCAGCGGAGCAUCUUUCAGCGAGACAGGCUCUCGGCAAGCCUCUCGGUCCACAGGCGGCGAAGAGCGCCGCGCCAUUGGACCGACAGGCUGGACGGGGGAGUUGUUGUGGCUCUUUCUCUGUGGGCUUCUGCUGUGGAUGGGAGUGGGGGUGUGGGGCCGCGAGUAGACAACGGGAGGGCGGGGAGCGGCCUGAGAGGAUGACGGGCGGUGGGAGGGUCGGAAGUGCGGCUCACCGGCAUAGGCACCUCCGGCUCUCUGGUUUUCGAGCUGCUGAAACAGCUGAGGACACACACGCACACACACACACACACGCAGAGAGAGAGAGAGGGAGAGAGAGGGGACGGAUGAAAGACGGCCGAGGGAUGCGUGUGAUGGUGUGUCGUGUUGUGGUUCCUACCUACCUUUUCGACAACCUUCAUGCCCUCUCUCCUGAUGGAAUCGUCCAUCAGAGGCAUGGCCAGGGGACGGCCGUGGGCAGGAGCGCUCUCAUCGCCAACGCUGCUGAACACACAACACACAACAGGACGACAGACAGACAACACCCGAGUGGACCCACAGAACAACCAACCAGAAUCUGAGCUCUCUGUGUCUGGCUCACCUCAUAUCAUCGAGCGUCCGCACCUCUCCCUCUCCCUCUCCCUUGCCCCUCUCCUGCCUCACAUCAUCCACCAUCCGCUCAAACAGCGCCCUCUCGGCAGCAAUCGACCCCCUACCCAGCACCUCACGCUGCUCCAGCCAGUACUCCAGCCACCGCACACACAGACGCUCCCUCGUCCUCGGCCGCAUCCGCCGCAGAUACGAGUGCAUCACCGAGUCCCCCCUGUCAGUCCACACGUGCUUGCGCACCUCGGCCUCCCUCUCGGCCCGGUAAACCAGCUCCCGCUGCUUCCUCAGGUAACAUGCGUGUUCCUCUGGGGUGCGGGGGACGGUCUUGAGCAGAUUGGUCGACGUGAGCCGGGUGCUGCAGCUCGGGAGCGGCGGCACCGACUGGCCACAUUUUGAGUUCGCGACCGUCACGGCAAAAUGGCGGCUGCCGGGGCUGGUUCUGCCAUUGCCCUUGCUGCCUGUCGUCCUCUCGAACUGCCGCCGUUUCUCCUGCACUGCCGAAAUGUCCCGCAAGGCUGCCACCUCUUCACGCGCUGUCGAAUGGGAAUUCGCAGAGAGCUUCUUGGGGGAGUGCAGGCGCGAAGAGCGGCCUGCUGCCUUCAUGCUGACCACCUCCGGCUGCAUGCGCAU